UAAGUCACUAACUCUCCUAUAAAUAUCCACAUAAAACCAAAUGAAUUUAACUAUUCAAAACGAGAAAUUUAGAUAAAAUACAAUGGAGAAGUUAACUCUCGUGUUUGCUUUCUUGCUUCUUUCAUCAAUCUUUAUUCAACCUCUCACGGCUCAAUCGAGUUGCCCAGGGGUGAAGAAAGAUGCAUGGCCAGAACUUCUUGGAGUACCAGCAAGGUUUGCUAGGAAAAUAAUUCAGAAGGAAAAUCGGAGACUAACUAAUGUACCAAAGGUACUAAAUGGUUCUCCCGUGACGAAAGAUUUAAGAUGUAAUCGAGUUCGUCUUUUUGUUAAUGUGCUGGACUUUGUUGUACAAACUCCCCGGGUUGGUUAAGGGAAAAAAAUUACUCGCAUCGUGUUUUUAAGUAUGUCUACUAGCCCACAAGAAAUAAAUUGGAGCCGUAUGGUUAAUGCUCCAUAAAUGUAAUAUACUAUUUGGUAAUAAAUAAGUGUGGCUUUUAAUACUGAUAAUGAUCAUUCUGCCCCGUCUCUUUUAGAUGUAUCACUUCAUUUUAUUUUGUUUGAUUUUUUUUUUUUUGUCAAUCUUUCAAUUAUUUGGAUUAAAGCAUAGUUAUUAUUUACCUUUUCAUUCUCUAGAGAACAUAUAUAUAUAU